UAGAAGGCGCUGCUCUCUGCCACGCCUCUACCGUUUCAAAUCAGUGACGUGGAUUUUCAUUCAGAGCCCGAGUAGCGCCCCAAACAUUCUCCUUACGGCGCCUUCACACCUCUUUAGGUUACUUUUGUUACAUUUACACCAAAAAAUACUCGCUGUUGUUUUUUUCCUAGCUUUAGACACGACGUAAAACACAGGUAAACAAAAUGAGUAAAAACACCAAAGCGUGGAGUUUGAAAGAUAAGAUAAGCGACAACGAGAUGGAUUUGAGUCUGUGCAACCUGACCGAGGUGCCGGUCAAGGAGCUGGCUUUAUUCACCAAAGUGACGAUUUUGGACUUGUCGUGUAACAACAUCACCUCUCUGCCGCCAGAGUUCUGCAACCUGACCCACUUGGUGAAGCUGGACCUGAGCAAAAACCAGCUGACCUGUUUGCCGGAUGACCUAGGGAACCUAGCCGGUCUGCAGCACUUGGACUUGUACAACAACAAGCUGAGCAGCCUGCCCAUCAGUUUCUGCCAGCUGCGGAGUCUGAAGUGGUUAGACCUCAAGGACAAUCCUCUGGAUGCGAAUCUCGCCAAUGCGGCGGGAGAUUGUCUGGAUGAGAAGCAGUGCAAAAAAUGUGCCACCAUGGUUCUUAAGCAUAUGCUGCUGCUUCAGGAAGAGGCCGAUCGUGCACGAGAGAAGCGGCUUUUGAGGGAAAAAGCACUGGAGAAGAAGCGAGAGGCCAAGAAGCGGGACCGCGAGGCCCGAGAGAAGGAGGCGCGCAAGCGGGAGAAAGCCGAGGAAAAGGAGAAGCGGCGGAAGGAGUACAACGCCCAGAUGGCCGCCGCUGCCGUUGCCCAGGAACAGCCGAAGAAGUGGAACGAGGAGAAGAAGACCAAGAAGAAAAAUGGACAGGUCUCAGUGACAUCAUCAUCAAAGAAGAGUAGAGCAGUGACGGUGGCGCCGAAGCCUCGCCGCUCACUGCUCGGCGUCAUCUUCAAGAUGUUCCUGCUGCUGCUGCUCGGCGUGGUUGUCGCCGCCGCCGUCUGCCGGCUGACGGAGCUGCGGCGGGAGGACGUGUGCGUGCCGCUGGGAGCCGCCCUGGACCGGGGCCUGGUUUGGGCCCGGGAGCAAGAGGUCGCGGUCCGCCGGCUCCUAGGUGACCUUUCCUCGGCCGUCAAGGACUUCCUGGAAUCGAUGCAGACGUCCAAAAGCUAAAAGGGGUUUUUGAAGAUAAUCUUCUCAUUCAGAUGGCCGCCGCCGCUUCUCAUUUAUCCAGAAAGACAAAAGGGGGAAGGGGGAGGGGCACACGUGUGGAAAAUUCCUAUGGAAUUGUCGUUGCUCUUUGUACAACCGCCUCUUUUUAAAAAGCGUCUUUGUCUUCUCACGCCAAUUUGCGGCGUUCUUCUCGCCAUAA